CAUUCGACUGCCAGUUCUUACGGCGCAGCUUGAAGUCGAACAAGCCUUUUGGGACACGUGUUUCUAAACGUGUGUAACUUCCAAUCAUUUUAAAGAACAACUGCAACGUUUGAGUGGGAGGGGUUACGAUACAUGCUACGAUACAGCGUGAGACCAGUGUGAGCCAGAGAGGAGCGCGGGAAGAAAGCGAAAACAAGUUGAAAGAGAGCGACCGACUUGUAUGUGCAACGCGUGCGAUAUUCAGCAAAAGAUGCCAUUGACAGUCUGCAAUUAAACAACAACUGCAAGAUUUCGCUGACCUCAAUGUAAUCUGAAGAGUUAUGGAUAGACAGAGUGCUCUUUCCUCUUUCCUUACCUCAACGCUCCCGAAACUAAGGGAACUUGACCCUUUGCUUGAGGCUCUUCAAGAAUUAGGAGUGCAUGACCUUGAAGACUUGAACUACAUUCAAGAGAGUGACCUUCUUCAUGUCCUGAAGCCAGUGGAAGCAAGGAAACUUAUUUCCCAUUUUAAAACCACAAGCCAAAGAGAUGCGGUGGACAGUCUUCCCAGCAACCAACAGUCCUGUGACAGUCCUCAUACACAGCCUGAUGACAUGUUCCCUUCUGGUGGCUGCAGCUCAGCAAGUUCAAAUUCACCAAGGUCAACAUCUAGUUCAAGUAUGAGUUGCACACCUCGUCAACCGUCUGACAACAGCUGGCAUUUUAAUUUUGAAAUUCCAUGGAAGAAGUUGCCAUCUCAGCUCAUCAAAAAAUUAGAAGAAGGGAAGCGACCAACAAAGAGUGACAGACUUGAAAUUAUACGGCUGAUUGUCAGUGAAAUCUUAACAAUAUGCCCAACACCCGGGAAGAAACACAUGAGUGAGAUCGCAAGAAAGAUGGCAAAGGUGUAUCCUGUGGCAUUCACUGAUGUCAUUGAAGGUGAAAUUGUGGGCAGUGGAUAUGACUCACUCACAAAACAGAUGGUCAGCAGGGUGGAUAACUUGAGGAGAGGAAGCACUCCACUUUCCUUAAAAAGACAACUUAUUAGCACCAGUGAAGGAGAUGAUACCCCACCCAGGAAAGGAAGACUAGACGCCUAUGGAUGCAUAAAUUGGCAACCAAUGCGUCUACCAACUGAUGAAACACUGGAAUCCCAGAAGCAAGCACAAGAACAGUUAAAGAAAAUGUACAAAGAAAGAUGCCGUGACACCAAAAGUAUUGAGAGAAUGAUGAGGACCACCUUCUGCACUCAGAGAAAAGACAUUAUCAAUGGAAUUGAGACCUCUGAUUUGACAAACGAUUGGCCAUAUUUAUUUGAAAUAACUGGCAUGAAGACUCAUUUUAAAGAGCUUACAGGCAUGGACAUUGAUGACAAAGCCAUGGAAAACAAAUAUGCCAGGGUUAUUUCAUACCUCAAGACCAAUGACAAGACAGGGAAGAUGGAGACCAUCUUCAGAGAAAUGGAAACAUCAAGCAAGAAUGUUGCAGAUGUCAAUGCUGCUGGGUUUCUUCAACUACUUGUUAGAUAUUUCAAUGAGGAAGAAGACCAGAUGUUCCAUAAACUGGAUCAAACAACCCUGCCCUCUGAAGUCAACUGUGCGGAACUUCCAAGUACGCCAUGCAUUGUUGUGUGCGGAAAUUCUCCUUUGGCUGCAGAGUACUUCAUGCUUUCUGUGGACCAGACCAUUGUGAAUGGUCACAUCAAUGCCUUCACUGAUGCUCUUGUGUUAAUGUUUGCCACGUAUUACUGCCUGAACAUCUCUUACCCAGCAGCCCAAGGAGCAACACUGGAGUUCUUGCAGAGAUGCCUUUUCAAGAUUAACCCGGACAAGGGAUCGAAGGUGGAGAAGAACUCUGCAAAAAAGCAGCUGCCGGUUAGUCCAAGGGUUCUAUCCCUGAUAACGAAAAUUGCGGACUAUGAGUGGAGGGCGUAAAAAAUAAAUCAAUGCCCAUAGUUGUUUUUUCAUGCAAUGUUCAUGUUGUUGAUGCAUUCUUGAGUGUUAUUUAAUUGUUGACAGAAUUGGUUCACAGUACUUAAAAGUGUUACUACUUUAUUAUAGGCUUCAGUGAAGUUACUGUAAUAACAGGACUUUUAAAAACUUUUAUCUUCCAAAACAUAGGCAUCUGGCAUCUGAAGUACCAGACUUUAAAAUUGUAAUGCUUGUUUUUUUCUUUUUUUUUGUAAAAGUGUUUUUAUUUCACUGUGAAUAUCCGCUGCAACUGUUUCUAUUCUGAUCUGU